AUGGUUCUGUGCCCUCCGUUCCGUUGGUCGUCGAGGGGUGGGUUUAAUUUAACAAAUGCAACGACAGCGGAGAGCUCGCCCGAGCGACGCGAAACAAUCAGCAAACUACCAGAAGCAAUUGUUGACACCGCACAAACAAAUGAUGCCAUCUCUAAUGGAAAUGGAUUUAUUUACAAAAAAAGCAUUACGCUUUCCGUUGAUCCGGGCAUAUCUAGUAAGAAAUCAAGUUACAUGAGCAUACAAAGCGGAAAAUCGACAGGCAGUAAAGAUUCGGAUAGUGAAGAGACAGACGACAGGAAGAGUAGCGCAGGUCGUAAAACAAUCUCGGAUCUAAUGCAAACCGAUCCGGAGAAGCGAGGGAGGCGUAAGAGAGGUGUCAUCGCCCCGCAUGCAGUUGUAGACACUGUACGUUCGAGCAUAGACUUACAGUAUGAAAAGUUUGAGAAAGAUGACAGAGCGGUCGCCCAAAUAAAAUCUGCGAUCAUGGCAAAUGAAUUUUUGAAGAACUUAAUGGAUGAAGAACGGCUUAAAGCAGUGGUCGAAGCCAUGACUCCUCAGGAGUUCCCAGCUGGCAGCCUAAUGAUACGUGAAGGAGAGAGCGGCAGCCACUUGUAUGUUUCAGCCCACGGCCAGUUUGAGGUUCUCAAAGGAGGCCAGGUGGUAAAAAACUUUGGACCUGGUGAGGCUUUCGGGGAACUAGCAAUCUUGUACAAAGCUAAACGUUUUGCCUCAAUCAGAUGUAUAACCGAGGCCAAAGUAUGGAUGCUAGAGCGACGGGUGUUUCAAAAGAUUAUGGUAAGAAGCGGACGGCAGGAGCAAGAAGACAACAUCCGAUUUCUCGCUUCCGUUCCUCUAUUGCGUGAAAUACAUCCGAUAGAGCUUGCAAAAAUUUCAGACUUUCUUAAAAGGGAGUUCUUCUCGACGGGCACCGCCGUGGUGCGUCAGGGCGAUCGAGGUGACAAGUUCUACAUCAUCCGCGGCGGCACGGUCGCCGUGACGAAGCGUGACGGCGACGGAGGCGAAGGCGGGCGCCUCGCGACCGUCACAGCCCUACCGCCGGGAGUCGAAUGCCUGACGCUGGAGAGAGGGCCAUUUACUGAAUUGCUUGGUAAUUUAGAAGAAUUGAAAAACAUCAGGCAUGCCGUACCAAGAGCGUCGCAGCAAAAAAAAACGUCUGAAGUCAAAAGCGAGUACGAAUUUGUGGAGCUUAAGGAUUUGGAAAUAGUGGGCACAAUGGGUGUUGGAGGUUUUGGGCGGGUUGAGCUGGUGCAGUACAAGCCACAGCCCUCCCUCACUUUUGCCCUCAAAUGCCUCAAAAAAGUCGACAUGGUCCAGCAACAGCAACAGGAGCACGCUUACAACGAGAAGAACAUCAUGAUGCUAUGCAACAGUCCAUUCAUAUGCAGAUUAUAUCGCACUUUCAAAGAUAACAAAUUUAUCUAUUUCCUAAUGGAGCCCGUAUUGGGUGGCGAUGUGUGGACAAUCCUUCAAAAGCAGCGUUACUUCCCUGAGAACAUCGCAAGGUUCAUGGCAGCAUGUGUGAUCGAAGCUUUUCAAUACCUUCACUCAAAGGACAUAAUCUACAGAGAUCUUAAGCCUGAAAACUUAAUGUUGGAUAAAAAUGGCUACAUCAAACUGGUGGACUUUGGAUUUGCUAAACGAAUUUCUCAAAAUAGUAAGACUUGGACUUUUGCUGGUACGCCAGAAUACGUAGCACCGGAAAUUGUUUUAAACAAGGGCCACGAUCGAGCGGUCGACUGUUGGGCGCUGGGGGUAUUUAUCCACGAGCUGCUAGUGGGCAAGCCGCCAUUCCGCGCCGCUGGUGGUGACCACAUGAAGACUUACACCCUCAUUCUGCGCGGCAUCGACGCCAUCGCGUUCCACCCUCGCGUGCCCAAGUCUGCGCAGAUGCUCAUCCGCAAACUCUGCCGCGCCGUUCCCGCGGAGAGGCUAGGAUACCUCAAGAAUGGCAUCGUCGACAUUAAGAACCACAAGUGGUUCUUGGGCUUCGACUGGGAGGGUCUACGCGACAGGAAACUAAAGGCGCCUCUUGUACAACCAGUCGCCAACGACUACGACCUCAGUAACUUUGAAAAAUAUCCCAAGGACAGUCAACAGCACUGUUUUGACGUGGAGCCGCCACACCCAUUAUUCCAAUUGAAGAAUUAUAAUGGAGGCGGUAUGCGCGCAAGGAGACGUCAUCUGUACCGUAUACGCCCUGGCCGCAGCGCUGCACUCCCUUCACCUCUACUGCGCCACCCUAGCAGCCGCACUGAUCUGCUGCUGUACUCCAGCACGAUCGCACUGGCACGAUCAUCGUUGGCGAGGCGCACGACAGCACCAAUCCUUUAUCUAGCAAUAUACUGGUUACUCUCCGCCACUGCAGCCGCAUCAAUAUUGUGGAGACAUUUCCUCUCGAAAGCAUCGUCUAACCAUGUUGAACUUUAUAUACAAGGGCUGACGACUGUAUUAGCAUUUAUAAUGUCAAUCGUGGAUGGUGUUUGCUUUUAUGAUGAGGUAUCAAAAAAUAACCAUGGUCAUCAAGAAUCGUCAAGAAAAGACAAUACGUCGUACAAGCAUAACGAAACACAUUUUUAUUCGAAAAUAACAUUCUUUUGGUUAAAUUCUUUACUAUACAAAGGGUACUGGGAAAUGUCUCAGGAUGAGAACGAUUUUGGGAACCUUCCAGAUGACGAACGAUCAUUGAAUUUUUAUGAAAAGUUUAAAAGAAUUUAUCACAAACGAACACAGAUGUCAAAGUUAAAUAAUAAAAAGAACAGCAUAUGGCGAUGUUACGUUCGCACUAUAUGGCCGAAUUUUUAUGUUGCGGGUGUGCUAAAAUUGUUUGGUGAUCUCAUUGGCGUCAUACCCCCACUAGGGUUAGCAGUUAUAGUUCAAUAUAUCGAAGACCCGCUUAAAACGUUUGAAACAGAAUCGGAAGUAACGAUGGAAGAACUUUUAAAGAACGCUUAUAUAAUGCUGUUUGUCGUUACACUAGCUUUAAUUAUACAAGCAAUACUUUCGCAGAAUUCAACUCAUUUAGUUACGGUUGAGGGAACAAGAUUAAAAACAGCCUUACAAUGUAUGGUAUAUGACAAAUGCAUGCGAUUAGCAUCUUGGUCAUCGGCUGAAUUGGAAAUCGAUGAAGAAUCACCGCUACUUCAAGCACCCGAAGAUACUAUGCCUUCUCAGUCUGGUCUUCUAACCAACCUGAUUUCGCAAGACACUUACAACAUAAUGUCUUGUGUUUGGGUAUGCCAUUAUAUAUGGGCCAUACCUUUAAAGGUGGCUAUCAUUUUGUACCUGCUUUAUACAAAAUUAGGAAUCAGUGCAAUAAUAGGUACUGCUGCCAGCGUCAUUCUAAUAACUCCGUUGCAAUUUUAUAUUGGCAAAAAACUUUCGGACAAUUCCAAAGAUAUUUCUAAAUGCACCGAUCACAGAGUCUCAAAAAUGUCGGAAAUCUUGCAAGGCAUGAAUGUUAUUAAACUUUAUGUAUGGGAAGAUUUAUUCAAUGAGAAAAUUUUACAACUCAGAGAAGUUGAAUUGAGACUGCUGAAUAAGGAUUCUGUUUAUUGGGGAUUUCUGACUUUUACAACUCAUGCAUCUACUAUACUUAUAACAGUGGUCACGUAUACACUGUUGUAUUUCCUAGAUAAUGGUGAAGGUUUAACAGUAGUUAAUGUAUUAGCGGGGUUGGCACUAUUCAAUCAAUUAGCAAUACCUCUUCUUAUUUUGCCAGUCACAGUGCUAAUGGUCAUUCAAGCUAUGGUUAGUACAAAAAGAAUAGAAGAUUUUUUAGAACUACCUGAAUCAAGUAACAUAUCGGAAGAACGACAUAUCAGACGAAGCCCGCAGGAAAUUAAUACCUGUGAUUUAGUUAGAAACAAUGCUGACACAGUUUUGAAUUGCAACACAUUUCCGGACAGUAAAGAAAUUGUUGACAUUGAAUGUGAUGAUAAAUUCUUCGAAGAUAAUAAGCCAAAUUGCAAUGAUCACGAUUACUUACUAAGAUUCAAAAAGGCAGCAUUUUCUUGGAAAAUGAGGGAUAACACUUGGCUCGAUGUUGAUGAUUUAGAUAUACCCGUAGGCAAACUUAUUAUGGUUGUUGGAUCAUCUGGUUCCGGAAAGUCAUCAUUUCUGUCUGCAAUGCUAGGAGAAAUGCACCUCGAAAGAGGAGAUGUUAUUUGGAAUGGAGCAUACAGUGCAUGUUAUGCGGGUCAACCACCGUGGUUGAUAGAAGGUUCAAUUCGUGACAACAUCCUCAUGGGUCAACGCUGGAACCCUGCGGAGUAUGCACGCGCACUCCGCGCUGCCGCCUUACGACCGGAUCUACAACUUCUACCAGACGGUGACCGUACGAAACUGGGUCGUCAGGGUGCUCCGUUGUCUGGCGGACAACGCGUGCGAGUUUGUAUAGCCCGCUGUGUAUACAGCGGUGCGAGAUUGCUGGCUUUGGAUGAGCCUCUUGGAGCGCUCGAUGCGGCGUUGGCACGUCACGUAGUGGCGCGGGGCUUAUUACCCGCAGUAAGGACCGGCACCACCGUCAUCAUCGCAACCAACCGCUUAGAACUACUACAUUACGCUGAUUUGGUCAUAGCGAUGGAGGACGGGCGGGUGUGCGACGUGGGCCGUCCGGGGUCGGGGGUGCGCCCUUGUAGCGAGGGCCCUGGGAUCGGCACCUUACGCCGCUGGGCGAGACGCGCGGCGGAGGCUCGGGCGGCGGUCGCCCGUGCCGGCGCAGGCCCGCCAGGCGGCUCGGCGAGGGAGCGGGCGCGCCUGCAACGCGCCCUCAGCAGAAACCACUUCAGCAGGCGCGAUAUCGAAGAGGAUACAGUAGGUAUCAGCGAGCCGACGGGCGCGCACCUCCUGGCCGAAGUACCGACGCGCGCUGGAGGCAGCUGGCGACGGACAUCCACGCGCCCCCGCCCUUCUCUUUCCAGGCAAUUCUCCUCACCACCGCCCGCUAUGCACCUUCACAAAUGGCGUCGUGACGUGCGACGUGCGGUGAGCGCCGACGAGUCGGACACCAACAGACCGCGCGUGCACCGGACGCUCGCUCGUUGGACUCCGCGAACCCUCCAUCGAUUACUGAGCACCGAGAGCGACACACAAACUGACGAACAAAGCAGCGAAAAAGAAGAAUCAGCGACGAUCGAUACAACUUUUGUUUCGGUGACAUCAAACGGCAUUGAAACGACAACUUCAAACAAAUCUGAGCAUUUAAUUCUGAACAAAGAAAACUUGGAGGACGUUAUAAGCGAGAGCUCAAUAUGGUGGGUGUACGCAAAAGCGUGUGGCUGGUGGGGCGCCAUGUACUGGCUGGCAGCGGCGGCAGCGCAGGCUCUGGCGCUGGCAGCGGAUUGGUGGCUCUCUGACAGGGCUGCUAAAAAUUCCCAGACACCUCUUGCUGAUGGAGAUCUAUGGGUUGCGGUGUGCGCAUACGUGUGGUGGGGCGUCGGGGGCGCGGCCGCUGCGGGCGCGGCGCAGGCGUGCUGCGCGUGCGCCGGCGCCGGUGCUCGACGCGCGAUACACGAACGGCUACUGCGAGCCACGCUGCACGCGCCCCCUCACCGCGCGCAGUCCACAGCACUGCAUCGCUUCUCCGCCGACAUCGCUGUGGUCGAUCGCAAGCUUUCAACUGCCGUAACGCGCUGGGCACAGCUGGCACUGCUGUGCGCGGCCGCAGUGCUGUUGAACCUCAUAGCGUCAAUAUGGACGCUCUUGGCAUUUCUGCCCGCCUUUUUCUGCUUCCUGCUUCUGCAGAAUGUUUACUUACAAAAUGCCAGGGAGCUGCAACGGUUCGAGGCGAGUAGUGCGGCGCGUGUCUUGUCGCUGGGCGGCCAGACCAGUGCGGGCGCGAGCACGGUGCGCGCUUGCCGUCUGCAGACCAGCAUGCGAGCGGCUUUCCUCGAGCGCCUCGACCACAACCACAACGCGCUACUACUGCUUAACGCCGCCAACCGCUGGCUCGGACUCACACUGGAUCUAGUUGGUGCGGCGAGUGUGUGCGUGUCGCUGGGCGCUGCGCUAGCCGGCGGCGGCUCCGCGGCCGUAGCGGGCUUGGCCGGCGCGUACGCUCUCCUGCUGCCCGCUUACCUCGCGCACCUCGCGAAGUGCCGCGCAGACCUCCAUCAACAGCUCGCCGCCCUGGAACGCCUCGUCGCCGACACCAAUGUGCCGCAGGAGGACUAUCGCGAAGACUGCCCGAUACCAUUAGGAUGGCAACGAAACGGCAAAAUCGAAUUUGAAAACGUCACCAUUCGCCAUCAUCCCGAUGCACCACCUGUUCUUAGGGAUAUAAACUUAACUGUAAAUCCCGGAGAGAAGUUAGCGAUUUGCGGGCGCAGCGGCAGUGGCAAGUCCACGUUACUGAUGUCGUGCGCGGGAGCGACUACUAUUAGUGAGGGGCGCGUGCUAGUCGACGGGGCUGAGUCGAGCCGCGUGCCCCUCCGCGCCCUCCGCCACCGCGUCCUCGUGCUGCCGCAAGAUGGCGUGCUCUUCUCUAGCACUCUUCGCGAGAACCUCGACCCACUCGCCGUCCACACGGACGAGGAGAUCUGGCAGUGCCUUACAGCAGUCGGCCUACACGAGUUCGUCGCGGCGCAGUCCGCUGGUUUGGAGUGCCCGGUGGGGGGCAGCCGCGGCUCGUGGUGGAGCGGCGGGCGGGGGGCGCGGCUGUGCGCGGCGCGGGCGGCUCUACACGCGCGUUUCGCGGCCGCGCUACUGCUCGACGAGCCGGGCGCCGCUCUCGACGCGCCCGCUGAACGCGACCUGCUCGCCGCCCUGGCUGCGGCCGCGCCCAACACCACCGUGAUCACCGUCGCGCACCGCGUGCCAUCGGUCCUCGGAUAUGACCGUGUCGCAGUUUUAGAGGAGGGGCGCAUUGUGGAGAUUGGAGACAUGAAGAAUCUGUUGGCCCAACCCUCCUCGCGGCUGGCUCGCAUGCUCGCUACCCACAACCAAGCACAU